GUUAAAGAACCAGAACCUUCACAUGUUAAAGAAGAACCAGAACCUCCACAUGUGAAGGAGGAGCUGGAGGAUGAUGUCAUCAGUCAGGAUGAAGACUUCUUUCUGCACGUCAUCUGCAAAGAUGAGGACUUCCUGACAGAUCAGCAGCUCGUUAAACAGGAGAGCUGCUCCAGUCUGGACCAGGAACCAGAACCUCCGCACACGAAAGAGGAAGAAGAGGAUCGCUGCAUCAGUCAGGAUGAAGAGCAGUUUGAAGUGAAGCAGGAGACCAGGACCUUCAUGAUGACUCCUGUUACCGAGGAAAGCGAGCAGAGGGAACCAGAACAAAUGGGCCAGGAUCUCUUGUCUGAGAGCAGAAUCCUCAGCAGUGAAACCGACGUGUCUCCUGCCUCAGAGAGUCGGAGCAACACUGACACGCCUCAAACUGAAUAUUCCUGUCAUGUUUGUGGAAAAGGUUUCAAAAACAAGUAUUACUUACCGAUCCAUGUGAGAAUUCAUACAGGUGAGAAACCAUUUACUUGUGAACUGUGUGAGAAAAGAUUUCUGUGCUCGUCUGCUUUACAUAAACACUACAACACUCACACAGACGUGAAGCCGUUCUCCUGUAAAGAUUGUGGGAAAAGUUUCAGGACGAAACAAAAAGCAACGGAUCAUCUGCGAACCCACACAGGGGAAAGGCCAUAUGUUUGUGAGACUUGUGGGAAAAGUUUCAGCACCAGUUACAAAUUAUUAGUUCACACAAGAAACCACACAGGUGAAAAUAUGCAUUUUUGCACAACUUGCGGGAAACAUUUCUCUGAAAAGGGGAAGUUAACAAAUCACAUAAGAACUCAUACUGGUGAGAAACCAUAUUCUUGUACAACAUGUGAGAAGUGUUUCUCUGAACAGGCAAAACUGACCAAUCACAUGAGAAUUCAUACGGGUGAGAAACCGUAUUCUUGUGAAAUUUGCGGAAAACGCUUCUCUCUAAGUGGAAACAUGACCAUUCAUAUGAGAACUCAUACAGGUGAAAGACCAUUUUCCUGUGAAACCUGUGGGAAAAGUUUCAGUGUCAAAAUCCACUUAUCUGACCACAUGACAACCCACACCCUUGAGAAACCCUUUUCUUGUGAAAUAUGUGGGAGAUGCUUCAGCCGUCGUCAUAGAUUAAAAGUUCACCAAAAAAUCCACACAGGUGAGAAGCCGUUUUCUUGUGAGCAGUGUGAGAAAAGUUUCAGAUACAAGCGUAAUUUAUUUGUUCAUAUGAAAAACCACACAGGAGAAACAACACUGCAUUCUUGUGUAAAAUGUGGAAAACGUUUCAAGCACAAAACAAACUUGUCACGCCACAUGAUAUCUCAUGGUGAUAAGAAGCCAUAUUCCUGUGAGAUCUGUGGGAUAUCCAUCAGUCAUCUUCACAGUUUAAAAGCUCACAUGAGAACUCACACAGGCGAGAAGCCGUAUUCUUGUCAAACCUGUGGGAUGUGUUUCAGCCAUCGUUCCAGCUUACAAAUUCACACAAGAACUCACACAGGAGAAAGACCAUAUUCUUGUGAAAGCUGUGGAAAAAGUUUCAUUGAUAAAUCAACAUUGUCUCGUCACGUGACGACCCACACAGACAAGCUGAAGACUUCCUGCUGAACAGGACGUGUUUCUGGGACUUUGUCCACGAGGACUUUUAGCUUCUUCCCCUGAAUAAAACAGUUCAGCUCGGCUAAAACAACUGAACGCUGCUACUUCCACACUGAUUUUUAGUUCAAUGUAUUUAAAAUAACAGUUGUACUUUUUUGUGUUUGCUAAGGUCAGUUACCUGUGGCAGCCAUCUUGGAGUUGCCUCUUGAAGGUAAUGAGUUGUAGAUAUUUUUCCUGUACUGGAACACUAACUGACUGAGUUAGACUCAAUAUGCCACCCCCUCUGAUCACGAGUCUGUUGUGUCUGUUUUUAUUUUCUAUUAUUUCCAUAUUAUUAUUUAUUAUUUCUAUUAUUGUUAUUAUAUUAUUAUUAUUCUAUAGUCUAUUUAUUUUCUAUUAUUAUUGCUACAGUUGAUAUUGUCACAUAGCAAUGUACUGUUUUGUGGAUUGAUGUAUGUAUCUGCUGCUGCUGUUACCCUAGGGCUGGGUGGUAUGACCUCAAAUUCCUAUCAGGGUAUAAAUUGAAUCCCUUCAUGGUAACUGUAUAUAUCGUGGUAGAAAAUUAUUAUAAAAAGCAAAGAUAAUGUAAUUUUUAGAGCAUUUAUUCAUCAGAAAACUGUAAUCAUAAUCAAA